AAGCAACAACUUCAAAGCUCUCUUGCACUUUGCAAAUCAACUCCUUCUUCAAGCUCUUCAAACAACCAACCUGAAGCAAACCACCUUCAACACUAUCACCUACCAACCAAACAAAAUGGCUUUCUUCCCCCGCAACUUCUACAACUCCGACGCCUCUUUCACUCCCCUCUUCCGUCUCCUCGACGACUUUGACAGCUACUCUCGCCAGGGACAGGGACAGAAUGGCCGCCGCACUGGUCUGAGCCACUGGCAGCCCAAGUUUGAUGUCCGCGAGACUGCAGAGGCCUAUGAGCUCCACGGCGAGCUCCCUGGAAUGAGCAAGGAGGAUGUCCACAUCGAAUUCACCGAGCCCCAGACAAUGCUCAUCCGCGGCAAGACCGAGCGCACCUACACUGCCGGCACCCCCCCUGCUGGCCUGGUUGAAGACACCGCCAUGAGCGGCGCCAUCACUGAGGGCAGCGACGACGGCAAGAGCACGCACUCUCACCAGGCCACGGUUGAGGAUGAAGCUGAGGCCAACGCCCAUGAGAAGGGCGCCGAAGUCGUUCAGCAGCCCAAGGAGGAGGUCCAGAAGAAGCCUGCCGACUCCGCCAAGUACUGGCUCACUGAGCGCAGCUUUGGCGAGUUCUCUCGCAGCUUCAACUUCCCCACCCGCGUCGACCAGGACACCGUCUCUGCUACCUUCAAGGAUGGUAUCCUGAGCAUCGUCGUCCCCAAGGCCAAGAAGCACGAGUCUCGACGCAUCACUGUCAACUAAACGACACAAACAACAACACCACUACGCAAUCAUGAGGUGUACUUGAUAACGAAUCGCGGAGGACUAGCACCACAGAUGAUUUGAUUUGCAACUUUCCUUUUCCGAGUCAAGGCUGUUAAAGACUCACAUUCUCUGUAUUACUCGCAUGGACAGGUGUUUUAGCAAGUUUUCUUUGAUGAUUGUUAAUCACAAGUGGCCUGCCUUGGUCCUUUCGCUCUCUUGUACAAUAGAUGAAUAAUAAUUCAAAAAAGUCAAUCAC